AUGGGAAGCACAUUUCCUUUCAGAGUCAUCAUUGUAGGGGCUGGUCUGGGCGGGCUCUCCUGCAGCAUCGCAUGUCGACGUCAAGGACUCUACGUCCUUGUCUUGGAAAAGGCACCAGCUAUCACCGCCAUUGGUGCGGGCAUCCAAAUUCCGCCGAAUGCGGGAAAGAUCUUGCAAAGUUACGGUCUCUUGCCCUUGUUCGAAAAGCCUGCUGUUCGGCUGGAAUGGCAUGAUAUGAGAAGAUACCAGGAUGGGAAGCUCUUGGCUUCGAGACCUGUAGGCAAAGAAUUUAUCGAGCGGAUUGGUGCACCAUGGAUGGUCAUCCAUCGGCAGGAUUACCAUGCCAUAUUGUUGGACGAGGCAAAAAGGCUGGGAGCGGAGAUUAGACUCGAUGCCAACGUGACAGCCAUCGAAUUUGACCGUACGGAGGUAAUACUGUCUAGCGGAGAAGCUAUUGGGGGGGAUGUGAUCAUUGGAGCCGAUGGGUUAUGGUCAUCCACACGAGAUGCCAUUCUUGGAUACCCUUCGCCGCCAAGUGAGACCGGAGAUCUUGCGUAUCGGGCGACCUUCUCGCGCCAACAAUUACUGGAAUUAAAUGAUCCGCGCGUGGAAGACCUAUGCACCAAGAAGAAAGUGACGAUUUGGAUGGGGCCGGAUAGGCAUUGUGUGUUCUACCCUGUCCGUGGCGGCGCCGAAUUCAACCUCGUCCUGCUUCGACCGGACAAUCUUCCAGCGGGUGUCAGGAGCGUCCAAGCGGACCUUGACGAGAUGAGGAUGACAUUCGAAGGGUGGGAUGAGAUCUUGCUGAAACUGAUCUCGUGCAUUUCUUCGGUGUUGAAAUGGAAGCUUUGUCAUCAUCAAGAGCUCGAGAAAUGGACAAGGGAUCGCAUUGCGUUGUUGGGCGAUGCCUGUCAUCCGACUCUGCCAUACCAGGCACAAGGGGCAGCAAUGGCGGUGGAAGAUGGCGCUGUGCUUGGACUUCUGCUGGGCCAGUUUGCGCACAAGUCAGCUAGCAAUCACGUAGCUGCGGAGUCGAACGACCGGGUCGCAGCCGUCCUGCAGCUGUAUGAGAAUCUGCGAAAGUCGCGGACCACCGUCAAUGUGCUAGGAGCCGUCACCAACCGGAAUUAUUUCCAUCUGCACGACGGACCGGAGCAGGAGGAGCGGGACGCAGCUCUGGCAAAUCUCGACUGGUACCGCAGCAGUCAAACGAAGUGGAAAUGGUUAGAUAGCCAGUAUCAGGCAGAUCUGCUGGGCUUUGACGCGCUCAACAAUGCAGAGGAAGCUUUUAAGAAGUGGUGGGCAGAGCUAGAGACUGCGCAGAGGGCAGGAUGA